UCAAAUGCCCACGGGUGUGCCUCUGCCGCCAUGACCCAUGAGCGCCAGCGCCACCACCUUGCGCGACGCCGCGGCCAUCCUCGGCGCCCUCUCCGCCGCCUCCGCCGCCUCCGCCGCCCAGCUCCACGCGCCCGCCCUAAAGCUCGGAUUUCUCCCCUCCUGUCUCCACCUCUGCUCGUCCUUCCUCAAGUCCUACGCCGCCUCCGGCCGCCUGGCCUCCGCGCGCCAGCUGUUCGACGAAACCCCCCGCCGGGACAUCCCUCUAUGGAACACCCUCGUCUCCGCCUGCGCGCGCUCCCGUCAACCCCACCACGCUCUGCUCGCUGUGUCCGCAAUGGUGGGCGAGGGCUCCCGUCCCAACAACCUCUCCGUCACGAGCCUCUUGUCUGCGUGCGCGCAACUGAGGAGUCUGGUGCACGGGAGAGAGCUCCACGGGUAUGCCGUGAGGAAUAUCCCUGUUCUUGAUUUGCGCGUUCUCAAUGCGCUGGUAAGCAUGUACGGGAGAUGCGGGCGGUUCGCUGAAGCAAGCACGGUGUUCGCCGGUAUGGGGAAUAAGAGCGUGGUUUCUUGGACGUGCAUGAUCAAUGCUUGCUGCGAGAACGGACGCCCAGCAGAGGCGCUGGAGGUGUUCAACGAGAUGAGGCUUGCCGUUGUCAAGGUCGAUGAGGUCACCCUGCUCGCAGUCAUCUCAGCGUGCACAAAAUUGGAUUGUACGUCGGAGUUGGGCGAGUGGGUGGAGGAAUAUGCAUGUGAGAAUGGCUUCUUGGAGAAGACCCGUGUCGCCAAUUCACUCAUCCAUAUGCAUGGUAAGAUGGGGAGGGUGAAGAAGUCAUGUGAGAUAUUUGACUCGAUGAAUGUGAGGACUGUGGUCUCAUGGACAGCCAUGAUACAGGCACUUGCUGUGCAUGGGCAUGGGGUGGCUGCCCUUGUUCGGUUUUCGCAGAUGCUCAGACAAGGUUUCUGGCCUGAUGAGGUUAUCUUCUUGAGCAUGAUCAAUGCUUGUGGCCACUCCAGGCUAUUGAGUGAAGGGCGCCAGUUGUUCAAGUCCAUGGUCGAAGACUAUCACAUCACACCAUGGAUGGAGCACUAUGGAAGCAUGGUGGACCUGUUGUGCAGAUCUGGCAUGUUGGACGAGGCGUUUGAGUUUGUCCUGGCCAUGCCUGUGAAGCCUGAUCCCGUAAUAUGGCGUGUAUUGACCGGAGCAUGCCGUGAUCAUGGAAACAUGAAUUUAGCGAGGAAGGUGAUGGAUCAUGUGAUCGACAUGGAGCCUGACCAUGAGGGGAAUUAUGUGCUGGCAUCAAACUUAUAUGCUGCCAAUGAGAACUGGGGACGUGUUGUGGAUGUAAGGGUGGAGAUGGGUGUGAGGAAAGAGACGUCAAGAUGCAGUACUGCCCUGUCUUACAUUGAAGUCAAUGGUGAAGAAAAUGCAGAAAGCUUCUCAACUGCACAGCACCAAGGUGAGAAGCGACCCUCUCCACUUGCCAAUCGGCGAGAUCCCGACUACGAAAAGAUGUUAAGAGGAAAAUGAUGAAAGAACGUGAUCGUCCUCACCGAGUGACCGCAUCAGAGUCCUGAUGUCUAUACCAAGAACAAGAUGAGAAUCAUGUAAUUUGCUAGCCUGGAGUAUGCGACUAUUUCUUAUAUAGCUCACUUUUAAUUUGUUUGUUACCUUUUGUGUGGAUGCAUCUCCUGUGUGUUGAUCUUGUGCUGAAAAGUAGUCAAAAGGUGCAUCACAGGGUUGACAAAGUCCUGAAUAACUGCACCGGGGAGCUGGAUUUGGCCCUAAUC